AUCUGAGGAUUUGGCGUGUCGGCCAGUGUCUACACAGGCUUAAGUUUCUAUUAUUAUGCCGAGGAUUAUCAGGACGGUGCAGCGCAACGGAAUUACUCAGCCGAUCUGCUCCGGCACCACGCUCGGACCUUCGUCUUGCUCUUGAAUUCUUCUUUUUUUUUGCCUUCUUAAAUUAUUAUUAUUAUUUAUUUUUUUUUUGGUGUGGGGGGAGGAUGGUUCAUAUAUAUAUAUAUAUAUUUUUAUAUAUUUUUUUUUAGGUUAAAGAAGCUGCGUGCACCUGGGCGCCGGGAAAUUUGCAAUCCCUGAAUUAUCACAAGAGAGAGAGAGAGAAAGAGAGAGAGAGCGAGAGAGAGAAAUCCCUCCCAGGCUGCCGGGAUCCUUCUUUCCCGUGGAAGGCUCUGCCAUCUACAGCACUCAGAGGGGAUCAGACAGCAUCGCCUGCUUCUUCUCCAGCAUCCUCUUUGGCGCCGCGUCUUUGCAUCUAUCUCUGCUCUAUCCAGAGGUGACUUGGCAGAAGACCCCCAACCGGUGCCCCGCCAUGAAGGUGGCAUCUUCAACACCCACCUAUACCUAAGGAGCUUUGUUUUUUUUUUUGUUUUUUUUUGUUGUUGUCGUUGCCUUUUUUAUUCUGGUUGUGUCUCAAGCUAAAAAAAAAAAAAAAGAUAUAAAGCAUCAAGGAGGGAAGGGAAUGUGCUGUGUGCACUGCAGUCUGGAGUCCUAAGGAUUCGCUCCUGGUCCUCGCUCUUGGUCGGGAUUUGCUGCUGGUUUGGCAAUUUCUUGGUGAAUAUUUUUAUUGCUUUUUUUUUUAUUUAUUUUUUUAUUCCUUCUCUUUCGGAUUGUAUUUCGGCUGCAUGGCAUGUAAAUAAGCCUGGAUUGUCUCUAUACGAGGAUACAUGUCCCUUCUCGCAGCUGGUGAACUGGUACAAUAACACCUGCUCGGGGCAAGGCGGCACAAGUAUGUCGUAGAUGAGAGGAGAUUACCAGGAUCUGGUCCGGGGGCCUUGAUAUUGAGUGACCUGUCUCAGCCUGUGAUUGGUUAAGCCGACAGGUCCUGCACUGAGCACUUGUCCCAGAAGCCUAAGGAAAAAGACAGAAGAUUGAGUGAGGCAAUGGAAGCGGAGUGGAGCUGCAGGGGACCGGAGGGUAGGGGAUGUUUUCAGGCAGGAGACAAAGUGAGCUCUUUGGGCAAAGACCAUGAUCUCUGAAAUUCUGGAGAACCCCCCUCAUUAACGCUCGGGUAUCUUUUUCUGGACUUACAAUGGAAAAAAUCCUCUGCAGUCUACUGGUGUUUGGAAUGGCAGUAGUGGUCAACUCAUGUCCAAAAUACUGUGUCUGUCAAAACCUGUCAGAAUCGCUGGGAACAUUGUGUCCUUCCAAAGGCUUACUCUUUGUACCUGUAGACAUUGACCGAAGGACAGUUGAGCUUCGGCUCGGGGGUAAUUUUAUUAUAAGCAUCAACAGACAAGACUUUGCCAACAUGACGGGUCUGGUUGACCUGACGCUGUCUAGAAAUACCAUCAGCUACAUUCAACCGUUCUCUUUUGUGGAUCUUGAGAGCCUUCGGUCCUUACACUUGGACAGUAACCGAUUGACCAACUUAGGAGAUGACAUAUUUCGAGGACUUAUCAAUCUCCAACACUUGAUCAUGAACAACAACCAACUUAGUAGUAUCUCAGAUGAAGCUUUCGAGGAUAUCUUACAGACUCUGGAAGACCUAGACCUUUCGUACAAUAAUCUUAAAACCAUUCCCUGGGAUGCCGUUCGGAGGAUGGUUAAUUUGCAUCAGCUGAGUUUGGACCACAAUCUUAUAUAUUACAUUACGGAAGGAACGUUUCAGGACCUCCAUAAGUUGGCAAGGCUGGACUUGACUUCAAAUAGGCUACAAAAACUACCUCCAGAUCCAAUUUUUGCGAGGUCUCAAAUGACCAUGACCUCGGCCACACCUUUUAUGCCUCCAUUGUCGCUAAGCUUUGGGGGUAAUCCGCUUCAUUGUAACUGUGAACUACUGUGGUUGAGGAGGCUUGACCGGGAAGAUGAUAUGGAGACUUGUGCCUCACCUUCCGCUUUGAAAGGAAGGUAUUUUUGGUAUGUUCGAGAAGAGGAAUUUGUUUGUGAGCCGCCAUUAAUAACCCAACAUACUCAGAAGCUGCUGGUAUUGGAAGGUCAGAUUGCUUCCUUAAAAUGUAAAGCAAUCGGAGAUCCAGCACCCGUCAUCCACUGGGUCGCUCCAGAUGGACGACUGAUCGGAAAUUCCUCCCGGACAAUUGUCUACGAUAAUGGCACUUUAGAUAUCCUAAUAACCACAUCCAAGGAUUAUGGGACCUUUACUUGCAUCGCAGCAAAUGCUGCCGGAGAGUUGACAGCACCUGUCGAGUUAUCCAUUGUCCAGCUGCCACAUCUCAGCAACGGCACAGGCCGGGCUUCCCCACCCAAGUCUCGGCUUUCUGACAUCACCAGCUCUACCAAAACAACCAAUCGAGGGGAGGUCAAGACUCAACCCGAGAGGGCUGUUGUGGUGUCAGAGGUGACGACUACUUCUGCAUUAGUUAAGUGGUCAGUGAGCAAGUCUGCUCCCAAGGUUAAAAUGUACCAACUUCAAUACAAUUGCUCAGAUGAUGAAGUUCUGAUCUACAGGAUGAUCCCCGCUUCAAAUAAGGCAUUUGUGGUGAAUAACCUGGUGUCGGGGACGGCGUACGAUCUGUGUGUCUUGGCCAUUUGGGAUGACACCGCGACAACCCUCACAGCCACCAACAUUGUGGGAUGUGCUCAGUUCUUCACCCAAGAGGACUAUCAGCAGUGCCAGUCCAUGCACAGCCAGUUCUUAGGGGGAACAAUGAUUCUAGUUAUUGGCGGAAUCAUAGUUGCUACAUUGCUGGUCUUCAUUGUUAUCUUAAUGGUAAGAUAUAAAAUUUGCAACAAUUCCCAGGGCAAGAUGGCCAAUGUCAGCAAUGUCUAUUCCCAAACUAAUGGAGGAAACUCAGUGCAGAAUGGCUUGCCACCACAAGCCAACCCUAAAGUGGUGGUGAGGAAUGAACUAAUGGAAUUCAAUUGUGGCUCGGUGCACAGUAGUGUCUCCUCCUCUUCUAGUUCGGUGAAUAGUCCGGAGGGGGAUGACUAUAGUUUACAGAGUAACCAAAGCACUCUGUCCAAUAAAUGGAGACCCGUCUCCAGGUCUAAGCAUAACAUUGAUAGACUUAUGGGAGCGUUUGCCUCCCUGGAGUUGAGGUGUCAAAAAAAAGAGGACACUGUAGACUCCAGGACUUCUACCACAGUCCACCUGUCAGACAAAGAGCCUUUGCUGGGCGCCCAAGAGUCUAAAGUCCGUAGUCUCCUUAUGUUACCUCUGGAGGGGAAAGCAAGACGUAGUCAUUCUUUUGACAUGGGGGACUUUGCCGCAACUCAGUGUUGUAGUUACCCGAGAAAGAUCCCAAACAUAUGGACUAGGAGAAGCCUCUCAGUUAAUGGGAUGCUUUUACAAUACGAUGAUAGCGAACUUACAGGGAACACAACUAGAAGCACCUACGACAGCUCAGAAUGGGUAAUGGAAAGCACCGUGUAAAUAUGGUUCUUCUCCUUUAAUGGCAAGCUUGCUGCUUCCUACGGCAAGUGUAGUAUCAAAGAAAACACCUUAAGAAUUGAGUAGGUCUCCGGAAUCAGAGGUGGGUAACACCAAAACCCACGGCAGGAGUUACCACACCACCAAGUGGAGAGAGUUGUGUUUAGCCCCGGCAGUGGUGGACUGUUCAGAAGAAGCACCAGUUAUAAUCUAAGUGCUCCUUACCAUAGAAAGCCAAGAAACAGACGGCCGACCAAGGAAUUAUCAUUCCUACCUAUAAGUACAAUCCUAAAACGAAGAUCCACAGAGGCGUUGGGGAAGUGACGAUGAAGCCACCGACCAUCCAAAAACAUCACCAUACGUGGUCACCUCAGAUUUUUGUUCUCCUAUUUUCCUUUUUAAUGUCUUUAUUUUCUUUCUUUCUUUCAUUUAACUUGUUGCUUUAUUUAUUUGUUAUUAUCUUUGUAUUAUUUUCUAUAGUCAUUCGAAUCCUAAUAAAGGGAAAACAUCCAAAUCUAUUUUCAGACAAAAAAAAAAAUUUAUUUAGAUCAUUUACAGAUAUUUUUACUUUUCAUCAGCGUUUCUGUGUCUUAGGUUUUUUAAGAGAAAUCUAAAUUUAUAUGGUAAACUGGGAAUGAUUAGAUUUUGGAAAUUAAAAGAGAAUGGAAAAUUAAAAAAAAAAUAAAGUUUAGUUUGUGAAUUUGUUGGGAAGGUCUAAUACAGUCGGGAAUUUUUUUUAUUUUUUUUGCAUUAUCCGAGUGUUAUUAUUUUAUGGGGGGGAGGGAAUGAGGUUGUACUAUAGAAACUUCAGCUGUUGUUGAUCUACCUAAAACUAUUACUUAUUAACAGCAAAUCAUGUGAGAUUCCAGAUUUGGAUCCAGAGUCAGACUUUAUAUUGCUCCGAUUGUUCCACAAUUACCAAGGCAAAGUAUUACAGUUGCAGGGACUCCUGUCAAGACAAGAGUCCCUGCUCCUGUGCAGUGCACUGUGGGCCCGGCCCAGUGUGGUAAGGGGAAGCUGUAAUGCAUACAGCAUUAAAGGGUUACUCCGCCCCUAGACAUCUUAUCCCCUAUCCAAAGGAUAGGAGAUAAGAUGUCUGAUUGCGGGGGUCCCACCACUGGGACCCCCCACGAUCUAUGCUGCAGCACCUCAAUCAUCCGGUGCACGGAGCAAACUUCACUCCGUGCUGGAUGACUGGCGAUUCGGGUCAGAGGCUGGUGACAUCACGUUCAUGCCCCGCUCGUGAUGUCAUGGC